AUGAAUUAUUUAUUGAUGAUGAAUCUGAUAAUGAUGGUAAUACCGAUAAAUUAGAUGCUGAUGAUAUGAUGCUGGGUGAAGAAGGUAGUGGUAUGGAUCCCCCAUCAAAAGGAACCGGGGCUGAAGAUAUGGAAUCUAGUGGUUCCGGUUAUGGGCCUGAUGAUGAGGAUGCACAAGUUGGUGGUAAAAACAAAGGUAAGGCAGGAGUUGAUUCUGAGGAAGAUGAAGAUGAUAUGGAUGAUGGUGAUGAUGAAGAUGAAGACGACAAUGAAGAUUUUGAUACAGAAAAGUCACAAAAGGUGUUUACUCCUGUAACUACUGCAUCAACUACGACUACAACAGUUAAGAGUCUCGAUGAAGAAUCUAAUUUCCCCGAACAGCCUAAACAAAACAAUGAUGAUGUCAAUCUGGCACCUAGUGUACCUAGUGUACCUGAAGUACCUCAGACUACAUCUACGUCUACUCUUCCACCACCUCCUUCCAACGCUAUUGAUGAACAUUCUAGCAGUAAUGGAGUCUAUAUAAGUCCAAACAGCCAUCCUGAGCGAACAUCUUCAUUUUUCGCACAACCUGGCAUACUUGCAGCUGUUAUUGGAGGUGCCGUUGUGGGAUUGUUAUGCGCAAUUCUAGUGGUUAUGUUCAUUGUAUACAGGAUGCGUAAAAAGGACGAGGGUUCUUAUCCUUUAGAAGAAACUAAACGUUCACCAGCUACAAAUCCAUACCUAAAAUCUUCACAUCGCGAAUUUUAUGCAUGAGUACAUUCGUAAAUUGGUUUUUACUCGAGCCUAUGAACAUAGUAUACGUUAUAAUAAUAAUAUUGUUUUAUCACCUCCUUCCCCGUAAGAGACCAUUCAACUAUUCCAAAGGCAGCUAUAUGACUUCUAGUCAAAAAUACAUUUAUUUAUAUAAAUGAUAAAUAGAAUUUCAUUACAAAUUAUCGAUCUUUUAAAACACAAAAAUAUUAUUUUAAUCUACCAUUACUCUCCUUAAGAAAUUGUACAAAAAAAAAUUGUAUUUUCUUAUAUUUUGAAUUAGUCAGAUUAUUAUUGUCACCUAUAGUGCAACUAAGUUAAGAUGACCAGUCACGCAGUAAAGAAGAGCUUAUUUUAAACCCGCCGACCCAGCAGUCGGAAAAUGGUCUACCAGUCAGAUGCUUCAUAUUAUUGGGCCUGACCGAAACGAAUAUGACCAGGCAACCAACAUAUUAAGCCACCUGGUCAUCUUAACUUGGUUGCACUAUACCUAUUUGUCUUCCGUAAUCCCCUUUUAAUGUUAAAUAUAUAUAAAAUGUUAAUAUUAAUCGGCUGGAUCUAUACCAAACUGGUGACUUUUAAAUCAUAUCAUUGUCAUAUUGGUUUUUAAUGACAACCUCAGAGGCUGGAAUCCGUUUUUAAUUUAUGUAGAUUCUCAUAUAUAGAGAACAAGACUAAUAUUAAGAUCGUAAAAUGCCAAUUGAUUUAAAAACAUAAUAACCAGUUUGGUUUGGCCUGCUUUAUAUUAUUAAUUAAAAUGUACUGAUAAUUGCAAAUCAAUUUAAAUUAAAUUAUACUAUUAUUUGUUGAAAUUAAUUUUUGUUAAGUAUAAAUAUUAGGCAGUAUUAAGUGGAAUUAUAAUGGUUCAUUAAACUAUAAGACCAAUAUUAAGAAGAAUAAAUUGAAGAUAAUAAAGAUUGUGUAGUCUUUAAUUUAAAGACUAAAAACAAUGUAGAACCUUAGCCAACUUAAAUAUGUGCCAUCUUUUUGUUGGACCUCCCUUCUAUUCAUAUAUUUUGAAGUGUUUUCCAAUUUAAACACUUUGUACAUAAUAAUUAGGCAUAACAAAUUAUUAUUAUUUUUAUUAUUAUUAGUUAUUAUUUAAAGUUUUCCAAUAUUUUUUAUUUUAUAAUAAUUAUAAUUAUUUAGUCUAGCAUGGAACUAAUUGAUAACGAUUAUACUUUUCCCUAUUGCGUUUUUUGUACAUUCGUAAUUGUACUGGUAUAACAAUAUAAACUUAUGCUGCCUAGAGAUAAUAAAAAAAAAAGAUAGCUAAACAUCUUCUUUAACUUGGUAAAUUAAUAUAUAUAUAAAUAUAUAUAUAACUCGUUUAUUAUUGAAAGAUAUUAAGUAUAAUAUUGCUGUAAUUUUUUUAUUUAUUUAACCUACUCAUAACAAUUUUAUUAUUUAUAUAUUUGAUUAAGUUUUAUAACAUUAUUUGUUUUAAGUAUUGAGCGUUUUGCAAUAAUGUUCAAACAUCAUCAAGCUCUGUACAUGAGUAUUAUUUUUACUUGUUUAUACCAUUUUAUGUAAACAUAAUAUACACAAUAUAUUAUAAUCGAUGAUUA